AUGUCAGUUAGAGUCGGCCGUUGCUUCUCCGAGCGAUAUGACUGUUACGGUGGAGUCCCUCAAUGGAGUGUGCUUUCUCCUUUACUUUUUCUCAUCUAUACCAUGGAUCUUCCAGCUUGUCUAAAGACCGCAAGUUACGUUAAUGUCCUAGUUUAUGCCGAUGACAUCAAGAUUUACGCUUCGUAUAACCCCGAUUACCGUCAUCAAGCUCAACUUGCUCUUAGGCAAUCUGUCGACAGGAUGGUAAGGUGGGCUCACCAAUGA